AUGAAGUUCACUCUCACCUCCCUCGUCACCCUCCUGGCUUUUGCCCCAGCGUAAGCAUCUUCAACAUGAUAUUGAUUACUACACUAACAUAUACACAGCGCACUUGCCUCAGUUGUCGCUAUCCCUGGCGCAGAGACCAACAAUCCUAACGCACUCGCUGAGAAGCGUGAUUUGCACAGACAAAUUUACUGUGUUGAUUACCACCCGGCUAAGAAUCUCAAAGAAGGAGGCGAAGUCGUAGAGAUAAGUUUCAUAUUUCUCGCCAACAAAAUCUUCAAGUUUACUGACUAUUCAGGACAACGACGCAACCGACAAAGCCUGCGCUAUGUACCGUCGACGCAGCACUGGUAAUAAGCAAUGGGACAAAUGCUCAGACUGCUACAUGAAAGUUCUCAAAGGUAGCAACAUUCACGUCUGCAUCUCUGAAGGCAGACACCUUGGAGGCGAUGAAAUGACCUACUACUGCAAGAAGUCCGGUGCCCACCACGGAAAUGAUUAA